UAUGGCCGCUUAUACAGGUGCGCGCCAAAAGUGUGUUUACCUGGAAACAGAUCAUUAUUGGAGACGAAGAUUUAAUUUAGUUGUUGAUAUUCCUAAUAAUUCUUUAAUUUGCUAACCAUACCGUCGGCUAGUGUUGGAGAGAAUUGUAAAUUUGAUUAGUAAUGGUGAAAAAAUCGACCAGGAAGGUCAGAACGUGUAAACCUAGUCAGUUAGAAAAUCAAAUUUGCGAGGACUAUGACAAAUUAUUUGAGCCUCUAUGAGUGUCUUCAACAAGUCUCUUUGGAGAAAUAUCAUGGAAAAUUUUUACAGCGUGGCAUUGUUGAUGUUGAUGGGAUGCUCUCCCUUACAAUGCAAGAUUAUCCAUCUUUGGGUAUCUCGUCCAUGGCGGACCGGCAGAAUCUGUUUUACUUGAUACAAUCGAUAAAGACGUUGCAACCAGAUAAACAGCCACAACUAAGUGAAAGACAACUACCCGGUAGAGGGAGAAGAGAUGGAGCCACAGUGAAAGAAAAAGAUAAAAAAGUAGGUGCAAAAAGACCAAGGGAAGUCGCAGAGAACAGUCCUGUAGCUGUCAAAAUAAAAUCAAAAGCACAGCCCAAGACCUCAGGAACAGCAAAGCUGUCUUCUCUUUCCAGAUUAGCAGAUCAUGCUGUGAACACUCAAGGAUUUUACAAUUAUGGUGUUCCUAGCUAUAAUCCUAAACAGUCUCCAAACAAACGGCACCAUUCAACAGCAGAACCUAGCUUAUCUAGGAUUCAAGUCUGUGUUCGCAAGCGACCUCUGAGCCAGGAUGAAUUAGAAGGUGGUGAAGACGAUGUUGUUACAGUUAUUUCAAGCAAUACAGUUGAACUGAGUGCUCCUAAAGUUGCUGUGGACUUGACAAAAUAUAUUCAAAAGUAUCAGUUUGUGUUUGAUGAAGCCUUUGAUGAAGGUUGCAGUAACAAAGACAUCUAUGAGAGAACUGCAAAACCACUUAUCAAGACAGUUUUCAACAGGGGUAAGGCCACGUGCUUUGCUUAUGGCUGUACUGGAAGUGGAAAGACAUACACAAUGCUAGGCAAUAAUGAGAUACAAGGAAUCUAUGUGCUGGCAGCCAGUGAAAUCUUUUCCAUCUUGCAUAAUGGAACUUAUGGCAGUGGAAUGGGUCUGUGGAUCAGCUUCUAUGAGAUUUACUGUGGCCAGCUGUUUGAUCUUUUGAAUGAGAGAUCAAGGUUAUUUGCAAGAGAAGAUGGUAACCAUCAAGUCUGCAUCACUGGAUUAACACAGCAGCGUGUUCACAAUGUAGAGGAACUUAUGGAGGUGAUAGAAUAUGGUGGAAGUGUUAGGAGCACUGGUGCUACGGGUGUGAAUGCUGACUCAUCACGUUCACAUGCAAUCCUGCAACUGGAGGUUAAGGUCAUAGAUGCACAAGAACACAUUGGAAGAUUUUCAUUCAUUGAUUUGGCUGGAAAUGAACGUGCAGCAGACGUGACUGACACAGACAAACAAACUCGUGUAGAAGGAGCUGAAAUUAACCAGAGCCUUCUAGCUUUGAAGGAGUGUAUUCGAGCUCUUGACUUGGACUCUAAACACACCCCAUUUCGCCAAAGCAAACUUACUCGGGUGUUGAAGGAUUCAUUUGUUGGAAACUGCCAAACAUGUAUGAUUGCCAAUAUUUCACCCACGAAGUCCUGUAGUGAAAACACCCUUAAUACUCUCAGAUAUGCUGACAGGGUGAAAGAAUUAAAAAAGGACACACCAGGGGCUCCCAGCUCUCAGCUGCUGACUAUUUCUACAGCCACUCCUGGGACAAAUAGCCUGUUGCCUUCUAAUGGGACAAGUGAAGGGCUACCCAGAAUGGAUGUCAAACCUCAGUCUACAAAGGGAGGUGAUACAUCAACUCGAGGUACCCCAAGAAACCUUGAUGUUUUACAACCAAAGACUUCAUGUACAACAACAUCAUCUCCUAGAAUUAAAGAUUCAGUAGUGGAAGUGAACCACAGAGGAAAUCCGAAUGGAAGUGUGGUGGCUGUGAAUGUCAAGAGGAGGCUCGUGAGGAAUGAACCAUCUUUAGUGACACGGCCACAUACUUCUCCAGAAACUGCUACCAUGAAGGAUCAAUCAGCAAAAAUCAGACCUCAUCUGAGGUCAAGAGCCUCAAGUUCAAAAGGGAAGUCUUGCAGUGACACUCAGAUCAGAUCUAACUGCUUGGAAGAAACAUCUGAAGAAAAACUUGAGGAUGUUGUUUUGGAAAGAAGUAAAGAACAGAGCACAUCAGACAUACUGGUUCUGAGAGAGUCAAGACUGGGAUUUGAUAACAUAUCAGAGGAAGCUUGGCCAUCUCCCUUUGGUAGACAGAGUUCUGGAAAGGUUGAAACUACUGUCAGAUCAUUUCAUGCCGACGUGCAAGGAAAAGAGUCUUCCCCACCAUCCAGAAACAAUCGCUAUGGCAGUGGAAUAAAAGUCAGCCCAACAAAGCUCUUUAGUAGAGGAAAUGUGUGUAAUGAGGAGGGCAAGAAAGUAAUUGAAUCACAGAAAAAACAGGUUCAACGAAAUGCUCCCUACCCACCUCAAGAAAUCAGUGAAAGUGAUUCAAGGGAUGUGGUUCACUCAUUUGUCAACCAAAAUGGAUUUCGUCUAAGCCUUGAUCAAGAACAGUUGGUCGCUUCUCAUCACACACAACUUGCUACGGUUACAGGAUUCUGCCAAGAAGAAAUGGUGCUUUUAAAACAAAUUAACAGUGGAACAAAGGUAUCUAAAUAUUUAUGCCUAUUUUUCAAUGCCUAUUUUUGUAUAUUAUCUCUAAUUAUAAAAUGGCCCCUGUCUUGUGCACUUUUGUACUCAAUUGAAAGCCUAGUUAUGCAAGCUUUUUAAAUGCUUUGUCUGUGUCAUGUUGUAGUCACAUUAGAUUUACAUGAUGUAACUACAUGUUGCAAAUCAGGUCGGCUGGGUUACAUGUCACCUUGUGAAGCAUGAUGUUCCAUUGUAAUUGGUUGGUUGUCAGCCAAUAAUCCUGUGGCAAUCUGAUGUAGUAUGGAUCUCUUGCUGCUGUGUGUUUUGGUCAUGGGCAUUUAUGCUUGUCCUUGAUGACCACGUCGUAUUUCAGACCCGUGUAAAUCACCUCUUUGUGAGGAGGAGCGUUGUGCAUUUUAAGGUGAUAAAUAACCAGUCAAGGUUUUCGACUGACAAAGAUUCGUAGCUCUUCCAUCUACAUACAAAUUGAUAACUUAUGAGUUAGAGUGGAACUUAACAAUGAUUGUACUUUAACAUAAUGGAGAACUAUAGCCUUAAAAAAGUCUUUUCCCUUUUAAUAUAGAAUUUUAAAGACUAUACAAGCCAACUGAAUGAAAUUCUUAAGAGGAAGGUAGCUUCUAUUGAAAACUUACAAGAGAAAGUGUCAACCUGUCUUG